AUGAUCUCAGGUUCUUCCCUGUCGCUCCUAUUCCUCCCAGCUCUCACUCUCGCAGCGCCCUCCUUCAAAGCUUUCAAGAAUUCAAAAUGUACAGACCCACUCUCCGUGACUUCGAUGAAUACCACGAUCCCUAACAACGAACUCAUCAUCGAUACCGCAAUUGCGAAUUGGAAUGGGACCGCUGGGCCGGCUGGCCACUGGUAUCCGAAUUUAAGUUUCCAAGGAGCAAAUCUUGCUGGCACCCUUAAUGGAACCGGAUCAAACAACGUCUACUGGAAAGUCCCAAAGGCAGAUGAUACUUGCACCUUUGUCUUGAUGAAGCAGAAGCACGAUAAGGCUGCAGGGUGGAAGACACUGACACCUUUGCCAGGGCAGGUUGCUUUGCUGGCAAGGGACGAAGGUUGCUACUAUACGGCUGUGAAUAGAUGUGAACUAACGACUUUGGAGGAUUUCGAGGGUCUCAUCACCAGCUUCUGCUGUGGAGAUGGCGAUUGUGCAGCUGUGCAUAUGGGCGCGAAUCUUUUCAUCACUCCGAAUGCACCGGCUGAAAAGGAAAAACGCUCGCCCCUCUCUCUCACUGCUGCCGCAUCUCGCACAGUCCGGAAUGCCGCACCUAGGGAGGUGGAUGAUCUUCCUUGGAGCCCAGCGACCGACAUCCCUGCCUCUAAAUUCUACAAUGGAGGCAUCUACGCCAUCGCCCGACGCAGUUUCUGGCACCACAUUGUAAAUAUUUUCAAACCAUCUGCUCCUGCUGCACCCUCGCCCCCACCUGUUCCAUCCCAACCUCCACCACCACCUCCACCACCUCCAGCGCCAACAACCCCAUCUUGCAAGAUUGUGGGUGAUCCUAAGAAAGUUGGCGUUACAACUGGGAAACAACGCAUCGUUACCGAUCCACAGAGCUGUGAUACUGGACCGGGUACGUGCUCCCACACCGUGAGUGUGAGCUUCCAGGCCAGCACUGCGUUGAGUCAUUCGAAUAGCGCGUCGUGGACCGUGACGGGAGGUAUGACGGUUGGUGUUUCCGCAGGUGUGGAUUUCAUUGCCGAGGGCUCGGUAAAGACGGAUUUGAGUAUGAGUCUAGCGCAUGCGUGGACAGAGGAUACCGGGACGACUGUUACGACUGGCUGGUCAAAUACCACAUCCCAACAAAUCGUCCAGCAAGUCGGUACACACGCUUUCCUCUCCUUCACGCCGUUCUACGUGUGCUGGAAGGGCGAUGCGAGCUGCGGGAAUGACGAUGCGGGGAAUGAGAUCUUAAUUAAGGGAAUGGAUUUCUGUCAGCCUAGUCUGAAGGAAGGUGGAAGUGAGGUAGUUGGGGAAUAUUCUGUAGUUUAUAUGGGGUAA